AUGUGUACAUGUAGAGAGAGAAGAGUGAGAAGCUGAGAAGCGUGCUGCGGACUUCCCACGUGAACAUGCGGAAGCUAGUACUCCCCGUCGUCUGCCUGUGCGCGCUCCUGCUUCCCUACUACGGCGGAGAAACCCGUGACGUCGCCUACCGCAGCGGCGGCGGCGGCGGCUUCCGAAAGAGAGGAGGAGGAGGAGGAGGCACCGGGGUCUCCUCCCUGUCUCGCGCGGCGGAGGAGGGCGGCAAUGGUGACGUGGAGGCGGCGAAGGCCUGGUUACUAGAGUACGAUGUCGAGGCGGAGAAGGUGUACUAUGCGUUCGUGUCCGCCUCGUGGAAGUACAACACGGAUAUCACGCCCGAGAAUGCAGCCGAGGAGAUAGCACAGAGUCUGAUAGCGGCAGAGUUUGACAAUGAAAUGGCGAUUUCUGCAAACGAGUUCGAUUGGAAGAACUUUGAUGACGAGAAAGUGAAGAGAGAAUUCAGUAAGAUUACCGACAUUGGCUACGCCGCGUUAGAGCCGGAGAAAGUCGAGGAG